GAGAGAAACACUCUCCCAUGUCAAUGGAUACAACUCGUCUUCUCCGGAAUUCCCACCCCUUCACAUUCCCACUCAGACUCUCUCCACCCCUCACCAAAACCCGCCAUUAUCUUCCCGCCACAAAUUCCCGCAAACUCUUGUUCAUGCUCAAGACAACCCGAAACGACGCCGUCCCCUUCGACGACGCCGCUUACGAGGCCGAGCGCCUAACCCUCGACGCCAAGGCUCGCCAAACCAUGGCCGAGGAGGCCUCCAACGUCACGGAAGACCCGAAAGCUUGGAAAUGGGUGAUCCGGAAGAGAAUCUGGGACAUGAUGGAGGCCCACAACGUAGCCCAGAACCCAAGGCCUGUCCACCACCGCAUCCCCAACUUCGUCGGCGCCGCCGCCGCCGCCGAUAAAUUGGGGCGGUUGGAAGCUUUCCGUGUCGGGAAUUGUGUGAAAGUUAACCCGGAUUCUCCUCAGAAACAAGUCAGGUUUCUCACACUGUCUGAUGGGAAGAAGUUGUUAACUCCUCAACCCCGUUUACGGACCGGGUUUUUCUCUGUGCUUGAGUCUCAGAUGUUGACAGCUAGUACUAUGAAGGAGGCGUGCACGUCUGUUGGAGUGGCAAAAUACGGGCGGCCUAUUGGAUUAGAUGAGAAGAUCAAGGUUGAUCUUAUUGUCAUCGGCUCCGUUGCUGUUGAUCCCAGGACAGGUGCUCGACUUGGCAAGGGUGAGGGAUUUGCGGAGCUUGAAUAUGGGAUGCUGCGAUACAUGGGAGCUAUUGAUGAUUCAACACCAGUUGUCACCACUGUGCAUGACAGUCAAUUAGUAGAUGACAUUCCAAUUGAGAAGCUGUUAGUCCAUGAUGUACCAGUUGACAUCAUAUGCACUCCAACCCAGGUCAUUUUUACCAACACAUCAAUUCCAAAGCCUCAAGGGAUUUACUGGGAUAAAUUGUCUCCAGAGAAGCUGAGGCAAAUUAAAAUACUCAGAGAGCUGAAGAGAAGGAUUGAACGAGAGACUGGACAAAAGUUGCCAUCCGGUCCAUCAGAGAAGCUGCCUCCAACAGCGCGAAGAGGACCUAACUUGGUAGGUGGUAAAAGGAAAUAAAAUGGUGUAGUAGAAAAAAAGGAAAACAAAAAACUUGUCACUGUAGUGCAAUACUAAAUGUGGCUAUAGUAACCUUGGUUAUGUUCCUUGAAGUCAUGUUAAUGUAUAGUCAAUGUAGAAAUGUAUAGACAGUAUCGUUAACUCAUUCUAUAUACAGUACUG